UUCAUUAUUUUAAUUUCAACCAUUAAAGAAGUGAGUGCCUCGUCAGAUUGGAAUAUCGGAAACCUCCUUCAGCAAUAUUUUACGUUGUGUGGCCCAAAUCACUUUUGCUUUAUGCAUGCUUUUGUCUGGACGACGCACGCUGAUAAUAUCAAGCACAACUGUCCGCCAUGUUCCUGUGAAAAGAAAUGCUGGGCAGAUCGUAACUGUUGCCCGGAUUUGUAUUUCUCUCAUCCAGAGCCUGCCUGCACAUCUGCUGCCAUUUUAAAUGAAUCAUUAACCUAUGAACAAAGUUCAACCUUUCUUAUGAUCGAUUCCUGUCCAAAAAGUACAGACAAGGAGAUAAAACGGAACUGUGAAGGUGAUUCAAGUUAUACUGAAAAAAUUCUCUAUCCUCCAGUGACCAGUCAAAACUCCUCCCUGGCGUACCUAAACCGUUACUGUGCUGACUGCAAUGAUGAUUUCAAUUACGAUCCUUGGCCAUUAGAUAUCGUCUGUGACAAGUUCUUAGACAUUAAUUUCAUUUCUUCGUAUGCUGAAUUGAUUGAAAAGGGAAGAGAGAAUCGGUGCAAUAUAUUGUCAUAUCCUCCGCACGAAGAGAUCAACUACAGGUGUAGACAGGAUGUGCAAGUAAGGGUGAACUUUGAUUCGUGUAAUAAAACCGGAAGCUGGAAAACAUUUGACUACAAUAUUCAACGAGCCUGUGAAUCCAGGUAUAUCAAUAAAGACAAAAUGUUUAAAAACAUGUUCUGCAAAAUCUGCAAUCCCCCUGUCUAUACUGAGAAUGUGAUUGGUCGAUGUAAUGUCACGGGUAUGUGGGAUGAAUAUAAUCCAACACACGAGAGAGCAUGUCUAAAUAAUGACUUUAACCCAGGUUCACUUCCGUAUAGAAAUGUAUUUUGUUUUUCGUGUAAUAAACCAGCACGAUUCAAUUCCAAUUUCCUUGAUGUCAACGCAGAAAUAAAGUCAAAAAUUAAUGAUAUUCAAAAUACAGGAGAAACUAAAUCUUUUUAUUUCGACAUUAGCGUUUUAAACUUUGAUGAGGACUUCUUCGAAACUAAAAUCAACGGUGAGCAAUCGGACUAUAAGAAGAGACCAAACGAUGUGAUUAUCCAGUCUCCAAACAUAACAAACCUUUUAUUCAAAAGAAUGUCUCUAGACGGAAACAUGAACACCUGUGGAAAUUACAGCAUUCCAAGUCUGUUUUCUACUGUCGAAAGUAAUUGUUCAUGUGACCCUAAAUGCAUUUUUACCGACGGUCUUUACGGGUCUCAGAGGUGUUGUUCUGACGUCCCUCUGAGAUAUCCUUCCGUUUGUCUGAGUGAAAAGAAAUUAUCGAUGAAAGAGGUACAAAGGAACGCAGAAGAACUCCUUGUAACAAGUGGAUGCUAUGGAACCAAAGAAUUUCCAGAAUUUAUUAAAAGAGGAUGUCAUGAACAAUUUGAAGAUGUUUUUUCUUUGCAUCCAGUCACAGAUUUAUCAACUGAUAUCCCGUAUCUGAAUAUGUAUUGUUUACAAUGUAGCAAGUCUCCAUCAACCAAACUAGCAAGACACAAACCAUGGGAUAUUACGGCAAAUUGUUCCGUCUUUAUAGACUAUCCAAAUUUCUUACUUUUUUCGAAUUUUCUUAAAGCGCUACGAUCUGCAGGCUGUGAAACAUAUUAUCACCCCCCUAAUUCAGUGACUUCUUGUCAAUACAGCAAAGGUAAAAUGUGUUUCCGAAAGACUGACAGCAUAAUAGACAAAUGUAAUAAAACAGGACAUUGGCCGUACAAAGAUCCGGAUAUUCACAGGGCAUGUGAAUUUAUGCCAGCGGGUUCUUUACCUUUGUGGCGCGAUAAUAACAAUGAUCAAAUGACAACAUAUAAAAACGUUUAUUGUGCGAUAUGUAAUCCCCCGGAAUGGUCGAAUCCUUUUGUUGAAAAUUGUUCCUCUGAAGUCAGUACGAUCAACAUCCAGAAGUGUAACUUUUUCCCCAAAAUUUAUUUCUUAUAUCCGUACAAGAAUAUCUUCUGUGACUUUUGUACAAAUGAAUUCUUGAGAACAAAAACAAUCUCUAACAAUGUUUGUUAUAAUGUUGACCACCGAUACCCACUAUCAUUGGAGACGGGAGACAGCAUCCUUUCUCAAUACUUCUCACCAUAUAGGUCUAUUGCGAAAUCCUCGAAUUAUUUAUAUAAAUAUCCGAAUGACAAUUUUCGCGCUGAAGUCAUUGGUGAACCUCGAUGCAUGGAAGCACAAAAAUUUUACUCAUUGAUGGGAGGCUGCAGAAACAUCACAUGUUAUCCCGGGAAAGCUUUGAAUCUUGGUAAAUCUUGUUUGCCGCUAUUUAGAAAAGCACGAAAUCUCCGAUACCACAUGGAUGCCUAUUUCAACUGCUCUACUCAGUUUAACACUUCUACUGAGGAUACGCUGUAUAAUGUACUUCGAUUUCCAUUUUACAAAUUGGGAUUUCUGUUUGGCCAAAGGUCUUUGAGAAAAUUGAUAACGGAGAUUGAUAUACCUUGUCAGGGAAACACUCUUCUGGAAAAUUAUUUUCAAUUGCAUUUGAGUUUCAUACUAUUUUUUGAAAAUCCAGUCCCGAGACUUCAAAGAGAAUUAGAUCUCUUGAAUAUCAAGUACAAUUUUAGUAUUCCUGGAAUUACCAUGAUUUCAAACGCCCCUCCCGCCGAAUCUAACUGGUCUUGUUCCUUUAUCUAUGAUGACAAUUCUGAUGAUUGGACUAAAUAUCGUGAUGUUCGAGUAAGCAAUCUUUUAGUUUGCACACAAAUUGAGUUAAGUCGACAAGAAUUUGAAAUUUAUAAAACGGGGGAAAAUACUGUUAUGCUAAUAAAAAUGUAUAACAUAACUAUAGAUUGGGAAGAUUUUGACAUUUUGCCUGACGGUACAGCACGCGUUUGUGUCUCUGCCUUACAUCAGAAUCAGAAACAAACGACUUACGAAAUUUAUUUCAAGAAAAGGCAACAGGGUUCCAUAGUAUUUGCCUUCUUGGUCUUGUCUUGUAUUUUUCUCUUUAUUACGUUUUGCACGUACUGUAUAUUCCACGAGCUACGGACAUUGCCAGGAGGAACAAUAAUGAUUCUCAUUGCUGUUUUGUUCACGACAUUUGCUUUCAUUCUUAAUGGCAGCGGAGGAGAGGUCAAUACAAGAAGAUGCGUAGUAUUCGGCAUAAUUACCCACUACCUGUGGCUAACCUCAUUCUUUUCUAUGAACAUAUGUAGUUUUCAUUUGUAUCGAGUUUUCCAUUCCAAAUUUCCUCUGCACAACCAAAAUAACAAAUGGUGCAUCUUGGGUAAAUAUUCUGUUUAUAUCUUUGUUAUCCCGCUGGUGAUUGUUUCAACCAACAUAACAGUGAUGAUUAUGACAAAACAUGAUAUUGGAUAUGGGAAAGUAAAAUGCUUUAUACAUGAAAGCCUACACCUGAUCGUAUUUUUCCUCAUUCCGGUUGGCCUCCUGUGUACAGUAAACUUAUUUUUCUUUAUUAAAACCUUGUCAACAAUAAUUCGAUCUCCCAAACUCCGCAAGAAUAAAGCAAAGACAAAUGAAUUCUCCAUAUUUGCGCGCUUAUUUACAAUCACCGGUGCAACUUGGUUAUUACAGAUCAUGGGUGAUUUUGUAGAAAAUACAGAGGUCUCUUUUGUGUUUAGCGCUAUUAACAGUCUACAAGGUGUAUUUAUAUUCAUUGCAUUUAUGUGUAGUAGGAGAACGCUAAAACUUUAUCAAAGAUUAAUUUUCCGACGUCGGAAGAGAGAGGGUUCUGCAACAUCUGUUACCAGAAGUACCCAAAAAACAUUCACUGAAUCCGAAACUUCUGCAUGACACGUACCUAUUCAGCGUUUAUCUUAUGCUAAGCAUUCAUACAGUUACUUCUUCUUAUCGAUUACUCUGGAAUGUACCCUAGUAUUGAACCUAACUACUCGCUCUUAUCACAGCAGAGCCGCAGUGCCUCUAUUGUAUUUUAGUAUUGGGAAGAAUGUCCUGGUAGAGAAGCGUAAUAUUAUUGUAAGGACAGAAGGACAAAAAAUUGGAUGCUUGGAUUGAUAUAUAUUUUUGGACAAAUUUUGAUUGUAAA